AUGGCGCAGCAGCCCAAGGUGAGCGAGACGCUGCUGGACGGACAGAAGCCCUUCGCCGAGUGCGAGUUCGGCCUGGACCGCCGCCUCACCAAGGCGGUGGCCAAGAUGCGCUUCGUGCACGCCACGCUGGUGCAGGUGCACUGCAUCCCGCUGGCGCUGCAGGGCAAGGACCUGCUGGUGCGCGCGCGCACGGGCUCCGGCAAGACGGCGGCCUUCGCGCUGCCGCUGCUGCACAAGAUCCUGCAGCACAAGCAGGACGCGCCCGCCAGCGAGCCGGUCGUGCGCGCGCUGGUGCUGGUGCCCACCAAGGAGCUGGUGGAGCAGACGCGCCGCCACAUGAUGGAGCUCAUGUACUACUGCCAGGACACCGUGAGUCUGCUGGCCCUGGGCGGCCAGAGCAUGAACGCCCAGCAGGCGCUGCUUCGUGACGCGCCCGACGUGCUGGUGUCCACGCCCGGCCGCCUCGUGGCGCACCUGGAGGCUGGCAAUUUGACGCUCAAGGACUCGGUGCAGACGGUCGUCAUUGAUGAAGCCGAUCUGGUGCUGUCUUUCGGAUACGGAGAGGACAUCCGUACUAUCUUCAAUGCGCUACCGAAGGCCUGCCAGACGUUCUGCAUGUCGGCGACGCUCAGCCCGGAGCUGGAGAAGCUCAAGCGCUCCGUGCUGCACAACCCUGCCGUGGUGAAACUCGAGGAGGGAGCUACGGACGGAAAAUUGCAGCAGUUCUACCUGCCCGUGAAGCCCGCCGACAAGGAUCUGCUGCUGUACGCGCUGCUGCGACUUGGUGUGGUGAGCGGCAAGGUCAUCUUCUUCGUGAACUCGACGGACGCGGCGUACCGACUCAAGCUUUUCUUCGAACAGUUCGUGAUUAAGAGCGCCGUGCUUAACGCAAAGCUGCCGCACAACUCUCGUCAGCACAUUAUUGAGGAGUUCAACCGCGGCCUGUUUGACUACCUCAUCGCUACGGACGACAGUGUGGACCGUGACGAACAGGAAAAGAAGACAGUGGGCUCCAAGCGUGGUCGUGCUGACGAAGGCUACGGCGUGUCGCGCGGUGUUGAUUUCCGCGGUGUGCAGUUUGUUAUUAACGUGGACUUCCCGAAGAGCGUGCGUGCCUACACCCACCGCAUCGGACGUACUGCGCGUGGUGGCGCCUCUGGUACUGCGCUGUCGCUGGUGUCCAAGGAUGACCCGAAGGAAGAGCGUGCGCUGAAGCGCGUCCAGGCUAGGCAGCAGGCUGUCCGUUCCGAGUCGAAUGAUGUUAUCGCGCAGCCCGCUGAGCUUGCGUUUGACCUCAAGGAUAUUGAUUGCUUCCGAUACCGCGUGGAAGACGUUCGUCGUGCUGUCACGCGUGUGGCAGUGCGCGAAGCACAACUGGCUGAUGUCAAGAAGGAGAUGCUCAACUCGGAGCGCCUGGCGGCACACUUCCAGGCUAACCCGCGCGAUCUGAACAUGCUUGAGCACGACAAGGUGGUGGGUUCGGCACCGGUCCAGCCCCAUUUGGCUACCAUCCCGGACUACCUGGUUCCUAUCGAGCUGCAGCCGCCGGCACCAUCGCGUACCAAGAAGAAACACAACAAGCACAACAAGCGUCAGCGCCUCGCCGACGGCAAGCGCCGUACGGACAACGACCCGCUGCACACGUUCGUGGCUCCUGAUGCCAAUGACGACAAGAAGCAGACUGUGGAGGAUCGUAUCAGCUACGGCAACUCGGGCGUGGGCAAGAGUACUGCUGGGCGUCAGAAAUGGAAGAAGCAGCACCGCAAGGGCCACUUCAAUCCCAAAACGAUUGCCAAGAAGAAGUACAAGAUGAGCAAGGGCGCAACUCAUUAA